AUGGAUGUCAGUGAGAUGACUGAGAAGGUCAGGUCAGAACUGACCUGUUCCAUCUGUUUGGACCUCUUCACCCAGCCAGUGACCCUUGACUGCGGGCAUAGCUUCUGCAGAGAGUGUGUUCUUCGGAGCUGGCAGGAAGCCCAAGUCCCAUGGACAUGCCCACUGUGCAGGGCAAGCAGUCAGCCCAGAGCCUUAGAGCCCACCCAGGUCCUGGAGGCCCUGGCCUCCAGCAUGAGCAGGCAGCUGAGACUUCCCAGAGAUGUGGGUGGCCAGGCCAGGUGUGGCCAACACCAAGCCGUUCAGAAGCUGUUCUGUGAAGAUGAUUUCAGCCCACUCUGUGUCUCGUGCUUACUCCCUCAAGAACACGAAGGUCAUCGUGUGUAUCCCCUGGAAGAGUCUGCGGAGACCUGCAAGGCACAGCUGCAGGAAGCCCUUGGCCAGGCCUGGGAUAAGGCGAGAGAGGCUCACAUGUUGCUGGAGCAGGAGAGAGAAAGGAGGCUGAGGUGCCGGAGGGAGGCUGCCACUCUGAAGCGGGUCAUCUUGCCAGAAUAUAUCAAGACCCACCUUGUGUGGACAGAGGACCAACAACAGGAUCUCCUGGACAAGGAAAAGAGAAGGAAUGUGAAGAGAUUAUGGACCAGUGAGGCCAGAAUCUCCAAGUAUGUCCAAAGCCUCAGGAAGCUGAUUGAGGAGCUCGACAAGACUUUGGAGCAGCCCCUGGUGGAGAUGCUCCUGGCUGGGAGGAGCACUUUGGAAAGGAGUCGGGAGCUGCUGCUUCGGUGUCCAGAGCCUGCUGCCCUAAGCUGGACUCUGUGUGGAACCACUGGAAUGAGGGAGCUCCUACUGGCCUUCCAGAGCCACAUCCUUCUGGAUCCGGGAACAGCCCAUUCCUAUCUCAGCAUCUCUGGAGAUCUGAAGAGCGUGAGGCUUGCUAGCCAUUGGUGGGACCUUCUGGACAACCAGCAGGAAGAGGUGGAGCGUCUUGUUUGUGUGCUGGGUGCUCAGAGCUUCACCUCAGGGAGCCAUUAUUGGGAGGUGGAGGUAGGAAGCAAGACAGAGUGGGAAGUGGGCAUCUGUACAGGGCCAGGAAACAACCAGGGCAGCAUCCAUGGGGAUGUGCUCUCCCUCUCUUGCCUCAACAUGGGAGAACAAUUUGAACUGUGGAUCUCUCACACCAUGGAAGACCCUGAGGAUACAGGACCCCUGCACAGGCUGGGCAUUUUCCUCCAAUACGAAGGGGGACACCUGUCAUUUUACAAUGUGACCCAGGGCUGCCUGAUCUACGCCUUUCCCCCGGUCACCUUCCAAGGUCCUCUCAGGCCUUUCUUCUCCCUUGGCCUGCUGCAGGAGGAGAAUCAGCCCAUCCCUCUCACCAUCUGUCCACUGAGCCCUCAUCCCUGA